UACAACUCCCAGAAGGCGCUGAGCGGUCACGUGACCCCAUCUUCCUGUCCCCCUCGUUCUUCGGCGAGCUGCGCCGCCCACGGACGUGUUGGACAUCUCUCCGCGUCCCCGACCCUUUCCGAGGGAGACAUUGCGACCGGCGCUUCACAGCUGAGAAAAUGCCAGCCAUUAAACUGCAGAGUUCAGAUGGAGAGAUCUUUGAGGUCGACGUAGAAAUAGCAAAACAAUCCAUCACUAUCAAGACUAUGUUGGAAGAUCUAGGAAUGGAUGAUGGUGAUGAUGAUCCAGUUCCACUACCAAAUGUGAAUGCUGCUAUACUGAAAAAGGUUAUCCAGUGGUGCACACAUCACCGGGAUGAUCCUCCACCACCAGAAGAUGAUGAAAACAAAGAGAAAAGGACUGAUGACAUUCCUGUGUGGGAUCAAGAGUUUCUGAAAGUUGACCAGGGCACUCUAUUUGAAUUAAUUCUGGCGGCAAACUACCUUGAUAUAAAAGGGCUACUAGAUGUAACUUGCAAAACAGUGGCCAACAUGAUUAAAGGAAAAACACCGGAAGAAAUUCGCAAAACUUUCAAUAUCAAGAAUGAUUUUACUGAGGAAGAGGAAGCACAGGUACGGAAGGAGAACCAAUGGUGCGAAGAGAAGUGACCCCAGUAGGAAUCCUGCAACGCAGUGAAAAAUCUCUGCUUGCACCAUGUAUUAUAUCACUAGCAGCCUGUGAUUCCUUUAAAUAUAGUGACAAGAUAACCAUGCAUAACAUUUGUAACUAGUAAUAAUUUGAGCUUGCAGUGUGCUCCAUGAAACCUUCUCUUAGCAAGUGGAGCAGUGACUAUUUAUUACUCCACUUUGACUUUAUUGAUCAGUGGAAUGCAAGGUGUAUAAAACUUUGGCAGUAUGACAGCAAUGAUUUAGUACUUUAAUUUAUAUUUAACGUUUACCUUUUUUCUGUGACUUUUUCAAUGGCUACUUUGUUUUAAAAUCAUCCCCAAAUCAUUUUUGUGGUUCAACUUGUGCUUACUGGUGUAUGGAUUUUUUUUUGUGCCAAUAUUAUCAUAUGGAAUGAAAUGCAACACACCUUCAGACUUGGUAUCAUACCAGAGAUGUUUCAAAAUAUAUUCCAAUUUUUUAGAUAAUUUUAGGUACCAUUCUCUUCCAGAAUUUCUAAAUAGUCCACAGUUGGCAUAAAUGUAAAAGCAGACAAAAGACUUGAGGUAGAACUAGUUUAAAGACCAGUAUUGAAGGAAGUAAUGGGACUUGUGUUCCAUGUGAAUGUUUAAAUGCUUUGUGUUAAGUCAUUGUCAGUCAAAAUCCGUAAAUCUGAGAAACUCUGUACUGCUGUACUAUUUUGAAUGUCCUGUUGGAGUGUCAAAUUUGCUAGUUUUUGUUAUGCGAUGGAAUACAAUUGCUUAUUUUGUGGUUUAUUGUUUUCAAAAUGAAACCUCAUUAAAUUACUUGUGGCAUUUUUUCUGAAAGUAGAUGAGUGCUUAAUGGCUUGUUACACAAGUUACUCUAGGAUUUGUUCUUCAUAAAUGAUUUCCAUUAGACUAAAAGCUAUGUGAUUCGGGGAUUAACAGCACUAGUGAUAAUAGCUACAGAAGUCUGGAAUACUCUUUCCUGGUCAAAGUUUCACAGUAAAGACGAAGGGAAUGGAUUAAACCAGAUUUGUUGAUGUAGUAAAUUGACUCAUCUGGACAUGGGAAAUAGCUUGAACUAUGGUUCAUAUUAUUUACAUCUGAGGAAGAAUCUCAAACCAGCCUUUAAAAUUAUUUGAGUGGAAAGAAGUAUUUGAUGCAAUGCAAAGUCAAUAGGUAAUCAUUGAAGAAUAAAAUUGAGAUAAUGCUGCAGUCAAGGUGGGGGUGGCUUUUAGUACUGAUGUAUGGAUUUUGCAUUGCAAACAAUGCUAGAUUGUGACCCUCUUCAAAGUAUUCCCUUUGAUCAUCAGAGCAAGUUUACUUUAACUUCAUUUAUCAUUUGUAUUCCUAAAAGCAAGCGAGUCUUUACAGAUAAUUACAUCUUAAAUCUGAGUUGGGAGCAUGUAAAUUGCUUGAAUCUACAAAACUUGUGGCUAAUUAAACUCUUUUAAGAUUUUUUUCUAGCUGUCUUGAAGCAAUACUAUUGGCCACCAUUAUGUAAAUAUUAUAUUGAUCCAUACAAUAUGGUUCAAGACCAUAUUAAUGCUAGAAUGCUUUAUUCUUGCACCUAUUAAAGUUAAUUCUACAAUCUGA